UCCCUCUGCAAGCUGUGCCCAGAUUGGCUGAAGUCUGACUUCCUCUUUGUCAAGCUCAACAUGGAUCCACAGCGUCUGCAUUCCCUGUUUCUGCUCUUCUUACUUUGGAAACUAAAAGGGGGCGCUGCAGAUGAAAACUACUUCCACAUCCUAAAGACAUGUCAGUUCCUGAAGCCGGACCCACAGACUGAUGUUCUCUAUUACAUCCAGUAUCAGUACAACGGGCGUCUGCAGGCAGAGUACAACAGCUCAACAGAGACGGUGGUUGGAUUCACACAGUAUGGAAAAGCAUUUGCAGAUAAAGUCAAUAAAGAUCCAAACUACCUUCGAAUCAGAAGACAUGAUGUGGACUUUUACUGCAAAAUCCUCGCUGCUCAUCUGUACAAGGCCAUCCAGGGAAAAGCAGUUCCUCCAGUCAGCAGACUGAGGUCUGACCGAAGUGGAGACUCAGAGCUUCUGGUCUGCAGCUCCUACAACUUUUACCCUCCUCAGAUCAGACAGACGUGGCUGAAGGACGGCGUCAUCAUGGCUGACCCCCCGGUUUCCGUGGUUACAGAGAUGCCCAGUGGAGCGUGGCUCUACCAGGUUCACUCCCACCUGAAGCUCAGCCCAACCUCAGGGCACAUCUCCUGUCUGGUGGAACACGUGGGCCUGCAGGAGCCUGAGCUGCUGGUACCAGAGCAGCCUGAGUCCAGCUCUGGGCUGAACUGGGAACUGGGAAGUUACUGCUGUCUGGGACUGGGACUACUGGUCCUACUGGGCUCUGUAGGGUUUUACUGCAGAAAGACUCGAGGAGCAAACGGCUGCAGUUUCUGCAGAGAAGAACCGGCCUCAUAGCAGCCACAUGUUCCUACAGAACUGGACUCUACGUAGACGUCUGUCUGGAGCUUCAAGUAACAGAUGUAGUGUAAUGUUCUUGAGUACGAUGUGCUGAAAAUGAAUGAUGACGUAAUCCUACCAAAUGAUAUUUGAAUUGAUGAGUAGUACGUGUGUGAAGUACUUAAUGUUAAAUAUUCUCAUGACCAUCGAUGCUCUGAUUGGAUUGUGUUGAACGUGUGUGAAGGAAAAGAAGGCCUAGAAACUGUAAGGAUGGCUGAUGGUUGAUGAGAGAUCAUGAGGUAUCGUUUGUAACUUUGAUGCUUUCUCAGAGAUGAGAUUGGAGUGCUCAAUACAUAAUGAUGCAUACUUAAGGCAUUGCAACUUUUAACAUAUAUUGAAAUUUUAAGAACACAUACAAGUAUAUUAUGUAUGGAAUGUUUCACAAAAUAAUGAGGGUACAAUGGGAAAUAAAAGUUUGAACGUG